GCGGACAAGUGAUCCCCCAAAAUAUUGUGAAGUCCCCAUUUUUGGAAAUGAGAUUAGCUUUUUUUCUUUAAAAAACCAUAGGCUUUAUGUCAGUGGUGAGUCAUGGACAUGCGCAAAGACAAGACUUUUUGUACAGCAGUCCACUGACCUUCCUCGGCACCAUCUCCUAGUCAUGAGGCCUUCAAGUACCACCAUGAGCACUCUGACAACAAUCGCGUCAUACCUGGGCUCCAACGACGCCGUCUACGAAGACGGUUCUGCAAAACAUGGAUUCCGCUCAGAAAAAAUACACUCUGCGUCCAUUAGUAACACAAACAAGGUCAUUUACAGCAGCUUGGCGCCCAUUUUCCCGACCAAUAUAUCUGACUUUCUGAUGACAAAUGGAACCGAUGCGAUAUCGGCACAGUGCGGGGAGAAGUUUGCGGACAACAUGGAGUGUUUUAUGAUCCUGACUCCGGGCCAGCAGCUAGCCAUCGCCAUCUUGGCCCUCACGUUGGGUACGUUCACGGUUCUAGAGAACCUGGUGGUGCUGUGCGUCAUCCUGCAAUCGCAGACGCUGCGAUCCCGACCGUCCUAUCACUUCAUAGGAAGCCUGGCUGCGGCGGACCUCAUCGGGAGCAUCAUUUUUGUCUACAGCUUCUUGGACUUUCAUGUCCUCCACAGAAAAGACAGUCCUGAGGUUUUCCUCUUCAAGCUGGCGGGAGUCAUCGCCUCUUUCACCGCCUCCGUUGGCAGCCUCUUCCUCACCGCCAUCGACCGCUACAUCUCCAUCCACAGGCCCAUGGCGUAUAAGCGCAUCGUGACUAAAAACAAAGCGGUGGUUGCUUUCAGCCUAAUGUGGAGCGUGUCCAUUGCGUUCGCGCUGCUGCCCCUGCUGGGGUGGAACUGCAAACGCCUCAAUUCGGUAUGCUCGGACAUUUUCCCCCUCAUCGAUCAGAGGUAUCUGAUGUUCUGGAUCGGGAUGACCAGCGUCCUGCUGAUAUUCAUCAUCUACGCCUAUAUGUUCAUCCUGUGGAAGUCGCACCAUCACGCCGUGCGCAUGCUGAACCGCACCUCCCAGAGGAGCGUCAUUGUCUACACGGCAGAGGGGACAAAGGUACAGACGGUGAGGCCCGAGCAGGCUCGCAUGGACCUCCGCCUGGCUAAGACCCUCGUGCUCAUCUUGGUGGCGCUCAUCCUUUGCUGGGGCCCCCUUCUCGCCAUCAUGGUUUACGACCUCUUAGGCAAAGUGGACGACUUGAUCAAGACGGUGUUCGCCUUCUGCAGCAUGCUGUGCUUGCUUAACUCCACCGUCAACCCUGUCAUUUACGCUAUGAGGAGCAAGGACCUGCGCAGGGCCUUCGGAAACAUCUGCCGCCUGUGUCGGCGAAGCGCCAACAUUUUGAACAACAGCGGGGAAAGUGACGGGAACAGCAGGAGCGUCAGGGGAAAAGACAGCAAUAGCGGGAGUUCAACCGCUAGAGUUAAAGUGGCCCAAGUUUUUAUUUCUGGAGCGACGGAUCGAGAUAGUAGCGCAGAUUCAGUGUGAACGCCUUUGGACUGCGGUUCAUGUGUUUUAUGAAUAUUGUGUAGUAUCGAGCAGGGGUGUCAAACAGUGUUGUUUUCGUCAACAAUGACGAUAAUGAAAAUAUUGGCUUGGGAGUUAUGAUACAUUACUCCUUGUUGGUUUACCUCCAGUUGGUUUUGGGGCAUUUUUGGGUCACUUCUUUGUUAACUCAUUGGUUGCUGUUGACGGUGCUGGACACUUUUGCGGCACCAAUGUCAAAAUAAAAGCAUGGGAUUUUGUGUGUACAGUAUGAAUGAGCUACAACGUGCCUGCCAGGCAGUUCAACCUCGCAGGUCUUACAUUUGACACCUCGGGUAUAUACUACACCCUUUUUCUUUAGACCUGUGGAACGUGCCAGAAAGUGACUUUGAUUGCGACAUAUCCAGUGAUAUUCCUUUGAAGAUCUAACUAACUCUGCUGUUUUUUGCAGUAUGUUUGCACUCCAGUGGUAUGAAAAAGUAUCUGAACCUUUUGGAAUUUCUCCCAUUUCUGCAUAAAAUCAACAUGAAAUGUGAUCUGAUCUUUGUCAAAAUCACAAAGAUGAAAAAAACUGUCUGCUUUAACUAAAACCACCCAAACAUUUAUAGGUUUUCAUAUUUUAAUUUGGAUGGUUCAAUUCGAUUCAAUUUUAUUUGUAUAGCCCUGGAUCACAACAAGGUUGUCUCAACGGGCUUUGCAGACAAAUUAUGAUACACAAUCAGAAACAGCAAAAGAAGCAACAAAGAUGAAUAAAUAAAUUCAAGUCCUGGGUAUCCCCCAUCCUUAGACCCUCCAUGUCAGCAAGGAAAAACUCCAAAAACUCCAGAGUCUUUGGGAGAAAAUGAGAAACCUUGGGGAGUACCACAAUCAGGAGAGAUCCACUCCCAGGACGGCUAGACAGGAAGCCCCAGGACUGCUAAUGGGAAUUAGCAGGCAAAGUUACAGUCUGUAAAGCUGCAAUGGAGUAAAGGAACAAGAAGAGGUCCAUCUAGCCAGAUGAGACGGGGGUAGCAACGAGGACGUCCAUCCAGCCAGGGGUCCGGACAGUCAGGAAGCUGCAGCUGAAAAAGGGGAGGGGGGAAAGGGGACACCGGGUGACUAGUGAUGAAGAGACUAGACAACUAGAUAUUAACAUUGGAAGAUAGAAAUAAAGAUAAGUGGUAGGUAGAGUGACAAAAAGGAGAUAGAACUCAGUGGCUGUACUAGGAUAGUAUGCAAAUAAUGACAGAAGGGGGGAAAUAAGCAAGUGAACCAUCACAUUUAAUAUUUUGUGCCCCCACCCCCCACCCCCCUUUAGCAGCAAUAACUUCAACCAGAUGCUUCCUGUAGCCCAAGAUCGGUCUGGCACAUCAAUCAGGCCCAUUCUUCUCUACAAAACUGCUGUAGUUCAGUCAGAUUCCUGGCAUGAAUCGCUGUCUUUAGGUCAUGUCACAGCAUCUCAAUGGCGUUCAAGUCUGGACUUUGACUUGAACACUCCAGAACGUGUAUUUUAUUCUUCUGAAACCAUUCGGAAGUCGAAUUACUUCUGGUUUUUGGAUCAUUGUCUUGUUGCAGCAUCCAUCCUCAUUUUAGCUGCAACUGUCUGACAGACGGUCUCAGGUUUUCCAGCAAAACUUUUGAAUUCAUUCUUCCAUUAAUGAUUGCAAGAUGUCCAGGCCCUGAGGAAGCAAAACAGCCCCGAAUCAUGAUCCACCAUGCUUCACGGUGGGGAUGAGGUGUUGAUGUUGGUGAGCUGUUUCAUUUUUCCUCCACACAUGACAUUGUGUUACUCCAAAACAAUUCGACUUUGGUUUCAUCAGUCCACAAAAUAUUUUGUCAAAACGUCCGUGGAGUGUGCAAGUGCCUUUUUGCGAACAUUAAACGAGCAACAAUGUAUGUUUUUAGACAGCAGUGGCUUCCUCCGUGGAGUCCUCCCAUGAACACCAUUCUUGGCCAUAUAGUUGAUGUGUGCACAGAGAUAUUGAACUGUACUAGUGAUUUCUGUAAGUCUUUAUCAGACACUCUAGGGUUCUUUUUUACCUCUGAGUAUUCUGUGCUGAACUCUUGGUGUCAUCUUUGGUGGAUGGCCACUCCUUGGGAAAGAAGCAAGUGCCAACUCUCUCCAUUUUUAGACAACCUCUCUGACUGUCGAUUGAUGAACAUCCAUACUUUUAGAGAUGGUUUUGUAUCCUUUCCCAGCUUUAUACAAAUCAACAAUCCUUGAUUUCAGGUCUUCAGACAGCUCUUCUGACCAAGCCAUGAUGCACAUCAGACAAUGCUUCUCAUCAAGACAGUUCUUACCAGGUGUGUGUUUUAUAGUGGGCAGGGCAGCUUUAAACCACUCAUCAGUGAUUGGGCACACACCCUACUUAAAAUGUUUGGUAAAAAUGGGUUUCAAUUGCUCUUUAAGUCUCCUUAGGCAGAGGGUUCACCCACUUAUUUUUCCCCUUCUGUCAUUGUUUGCAUGCUAUCGUCAUUAAAAUAUGAAUGUUUGGGUGAUUUUAGUUCAAGCAGUGUUGUUUUCAUCUGUGUGAUUUUGACAAAGAUCAGAUCACAUUAAUAGGGAUUUUAUGCAGAAAUGUGAGAAAUUCCAAAAGGUUCGGAUACUUUUUCAUACCAUUGUAUCAAACCAUGGAGUGGGCAAAGUACAAACAAGGCUUCCAUUCAUCCAGCAAGGAUUAUCAAGGGUCAAAUCAUACUUGAUUACAUUCAUUUAGCCUUCUUUUUCCCCAAAAAUGUUUUCACUUUAUUGGCUCCUGUUAAGCUCUGCAUGUGUUUCUAAUGAAAUAAUCCAAUGUUUUUAAAUAUUAAACAGGUUCUGGGUCACAAUUUGGGGUGUGACAAUAUCACAAAAAGAUGAUAUAUCUCGAUACUUUUAGCCCAAAGGGUUAUGAAGACGACACCGAGACCAGAACGUUCACGGUUCAGUCUUUUGCGGGCAUGUACAGGUCACGCUCUCUUCAUUUUAGGGCGUUUACAGGUCACAUCCUGUUGAUUUUGAAUCCCUUCCUAUUGAAUUGGGGACAUUCUUGAGUCAAUUCCUUUUCAGUAACCUAAAAUUAACAAGAAGUGACCUGUAAACGCCCUAAAAUCAACAGGAAGUGACCAAAAAUCAACAAGAAACGAUGUGAAACGCCCCAAUAUGAACUCAUUGCCCGCCAUUGGCUGCCGCUGACGGCCAUAGACGUCUAAUCUGUUUAAAGUGGGAGGGUGGUUCGCUACCAUUCCCCCCACUUCAAAUUCAUUGGAUGUCUAGUCAUGAUAAACCCAUUCCACUUCAUAGCAGAAGGAUGAAAAGAGCUUGUUUUCUCUUUAUUAGUUGUUUUAUAGAAAAUCUUGGAAUGACUUCCUGGACUCAUUGCCAUUUUUUAAAUUGUUUUAUUUAUUUAUUUAUUGAUUGAUUCAUUCAUUUAUUUAUUGUUGUAAGUGAAAUGUUUUGAUAUCCUUCGGAUUUUGUUAUUUGUUCUGCAAUACUAAAUGACUUAUUAGAAAGUAGUGUAUGUGAUUUGAAAGGAGUCGUGGGUGGUUAUGUAAGAGUGAUGUUUGGCAUUUUACCACUCGUCACUUGUUUACUGUAGAAUUUCAAUGUGUGUUUUGCAAAUGCAAAACCUAUGAAAUACGCUUAGCUUACUGGAAUGUUCAGUAUGCUAGUAAAAUAUGAGUGUGACUAACUUACACUGUCAUAUCGGUG